AUGCCGGACCUUCCAUCACUAGUUGUGCCCUUCUUCACUUCCAUGACCGCGUACAUUGCUGCGUGUAUGCGCACAUACGUUCCUCUCCCGUUUAUUGACGAAUACUUCCAUCUUCGCCAGGCGCAGGCGUACUGUGCGAGCGAUUACGCGGUGUGGGACCCCAAAAUCACCACGCCGCCCGGGCUUUAUGUCCUAGGCGCGUUUUGGGCCCGCGUUUUGGCCGCGUGGGGAGUAUCCGCGCCUUGUGGCACCACCAUGCUUCGCGCGCUCAAUCUUUUGGGCGGAACACUUGUGUUGCCGCUCGCCCUUCAGGGCGCGCUCGAACGCAACUACUGGAAAACCAACAUCGCUGCGCUCCCAUUGUUGUACACGUAUUUCUUCCUCUUCUAUACGGAUGUGUGGUCAACAAUCUUUGUGGUGUGGGCUAUACUCGCAGUAACAACGUUUCCAACCGCGAAAGGUGCCAUAAUAUGCAACGUUGCCGCAUUUGCCAGCAUGUGGUUUCGCCAGACCAAUGUCAUCUGGCUCGCUUUCGCUGCCGUGGUGUUUGUCGAUCGGCGCAGAAAAAGGCAAGCUUCUUUUGUCGCUGAGUUGAAGCUGUUCUUCUCCCAAUGCCUUCGUGACUGGCCAUUGUUGCUUCCAUUUGCUAUCAACAUUGGUCUUUUUGCGGCGUUUGUCGUGUACAACGAAGGCAUCACUUUUGGUGAUAAGGACAACCACAAAGUCACUGUUCAUGGCACGCAGAUUUUCUACUGCAAUGCUUUCUUGGCUGUGAUGUUGGCUCCUCUUUGGUUUUCCUGGUCCACGGCGAAACUGUACAUCCGUUUUGCCGUGACAGGUCGCAAUGGGGUCAACACAGUCUUCACUGCAGUUGCCUUUGCCGUUAUUUACUUCAUCAUUGUUAAUUUGUCGGUGGUCCACCCCUUUUUGCUUGCCGAUAACAGACAUUACACCUUCUACAUCUUCCGCAAGAUUAUCCGCAGACCAUAUGCCAAUUUCUUAUUGGUUCCUGCUUACCAUUUUUCCACAUGGGUCGUAUUUCAUCUCUUUUUGAAAUCCCAGUCUGCAUCCUCCUUAACUUUGGGUCCCAUGGGUAUCUUAGCUUGGGCAGGAGCCUGCGUUUUGACGUUGGUGCCCUCGCCUCUAUUUGAGCCUCGGUAUUACAUUCUUCCGUUGGUGACGCUUCGUCUAUUCACAAAACCUGAUCCAGGAACGCGAACUCAUAUGUUGGAGUUUGUGUGGUAUCUGUUGAUUAACGCUCUUGUUUUCAUUGUCUUUUUUUCCUAUGAAUUCUCGUGGCCCACCGAACUCGCUCCGCAGCGUAUUAUUUGGUAA